CAACGAAGAGGUCGCUAAUGGAGUAAAUGCUCUAAACCUCUGUCCAGGUCAUCUCCCUUUCCGCCAUUGCCAAUCACUGAGCUCAUACUUAAACUUCUUCAUUCUCUUCCUUAAACUCUCUGUUUUAACUGGAAAUGGUGAUUUGAGUUUCAAAGAGAUUUAAAUCUGACAGCAGCAACAACAAGAAGAAGAUUAUUGGGGGUUAAGAAGAAGAUCUGCACAGAAAACCUACGGUCCGGCGCAUGCUAUAUCCGGAUUUAGCUGUUCAGAUAUGGCAGACUCGAGCUCGGUCAACGUCAUACUUGAAUUUCUGCGGAGUAAUAAAUUUGCUAGGGCGGAGGCUGCAUUGCGGAGUGAGAUUGGUAACCGGGCCGACUUAAAUGGGUUUAUGCAAGGUCUUAAGCUUGAAGGGAAAGAAAUAGAAGGGAAGCUAGUAGGUGAAGAGGGUAUGGCAAAGUCUGGCGUGAGUGGCUACCAAGAAAAGAGUUAUCGGAUUAGCGAUGAAGCAUUAAAAGAGGAGUUCAUUGUGAAGGAAAUAGAAUAUGGGACUACAACGAAUGGAUCAGCUAGUAACUGGAAAAAUGUUGUUGAAGAGCAAAAUAGAGCUGGUGAGCCAAUUGGAACAAGUGAUAAAAAAUAUAUGCUAUCUAACCAUUCGGAGGAAACUGUGCUUGAUUUAUAUUCAAGGAAGUUUAGUUCCAGUAACGGGUCUGUUGAUCUUUACCAGAAUGAUGCUUCCACCAGAACAAAUGAUGCGAAAGAUUAUGAGGUUUCUUCUCAAUCAAAGAUUCAUCCAACUGAAGUAGCUGAUAUAGAUGGAGUUACUGUGAAAGUGGGAGCAGAAACAGAUUUUUCUGCAGGGAGGAAACAGUCAUUGCUUGCAAGUACUUUUAAAGCAAGUUUGGUGCCAAAGCAGCAGAGUAUGGAUAAAGUUAUGGAGCCUAAGGAAUUUAAUCGUCAACAUCAGGUUAUGGGUGCAGUGUCCAGAGAUGAUUUUAUGGAUAAUCCUUGGUCGAGAAAUGAUGAACUUAAAUAUAGUUCGUCAGAGCUGUGGAAAGAUUGUUCGGUUAAAACUGUAUUUCCUUUCCCUAAAGGAGAUGCAUCUACCAGUUAUGAGACUAAUUGUGGUGUUGGAGAAAAAGAAGACGGAAUACGAAGGCCUGACAAUAACAUUAGGGCAACUAUCAAAGAGCAAGUGGAUGAGGUUGGAAGAGCUUUGUACUUUGCAACAGCUCAGGGAAAUAAUGAAUCUAAAGCUUUUGGUGGUUUAGGAUUUCCAGUCAUCUCUCAGAAACAGAAGGAAGAGUUACCCAGGUUACCACCUGUUAAACUCAAAUCAGAUGACAAACCUUCAAGUAUAACUUGGGAGGAGAAGUACCAACGUGAUGGACCUGUUUCAAAUACCAUUACUGCUGACAGCAGUUAUCUUAUAGGAUCAUUUCUGGAUGUUCCAAUUGGCCAAGAAAUAAGCUCUUCAGGUGCCAAAAGGCUUGCAGGUGGCAAUUGGUUCUCUGUAAGUCAGGGCAUUGCUGAGGACACUUCUGAUCUAGUAUCUGGUUUUGCAACAAUUGGUGAUGGGCUGAGUGAAUCUGUUGAUUACCCAAAUGAGUAUUGGGACUCUGAUGAAUAUGACGACGACGACGAUGUUGGCUAUAUGAGACAACCUAUUGAAGAUGAGAGCUGGUUUCUGGCUCAUGAAAUUGACUACCCAAGUGAUAAUGAGAAGAGAACAGGCCAUGGGAAUAGUCAAGAUGCACAAGAAAGAGGCCCAGAAAAAAACGAGGAUGACGAUCAGUCAUUUGCAGAGGAUGAUUCAUACUUAUCUGGUGAGCAAUAUUUUCAGUCAAAAAAUGUGGAUCCAGAUGCUCACUCAGAUGGUGCUAUAGUUCUGUCAACAGCAGAUAUGUAUAGCCAGGACGACCAUGAUUUGGUUGCUCAGUAUGAUGGGCAAUUGAUGGACGAAGAGGAGUUGAAUUUGAUGCGUGCAGAACCUGUGUGGAAGGGGUUUGUCACACAAACAAAUGAGCUCAUUAUGUUAGGUGAAGGUCAAGUCUUAGAUAAGGCUGGAAGGCCCCAUUUGGAAGACCUUGGUAUAGAUGAGGAUCAACAUGGUUCAGUUCGAUCAAUUGGUGUGGGUAUCAACAGUGAUGUUGCAGAUUUUGGUAGCGAGGUCAGAGAGAGUUUGGUUGGAGGUAGUAGUGAGGGGGAGUUGGAGUACUUUCGCGAUAAUGAUGUUAGUAUGUCACCACAUGAUUCUGAGAAGAAAUAUAUUGACAGAGCCAUGAGAGACAAAACGAGAAAAGCCAUAUYUGAUCAUGAUAAACCUAGAAGUUCAGGUAUAUUAACAAAAAAUGUGAGUGGUAGUGGAUUUUCAUUUCCGCCUCCUAGAGAUGGACCGUCGAUCACUAAUAAAGCUUUCUGGAUAAACAAAGAAAAUGCAAUUAUAAGUGAGGAAACUGCUGAUCAAACUUUGACGGGAAAUGAUGAUCUGCUCCCUCCAUGGAGACGGAAAAGUAGUAGUUCCUCACCUGUCAAAAGUUCAAGGGAUGAAGACGACGCAGAUGCUGUAGGUUCAGCAAAUUCCAGCCCUUCCACACUCUCAAAUUAUGGUUAUGCUGAAAGGGUCCGCCUAAGCAAAGAAGAGGAACAGAAAGUUGCUGGUUCAAGAGAGGAAGAUCCAGGGGCAUCACUGGAGGAUGAAGAGGCUGCUGCUGUACAAGAGCAAGUGAAGCAGAUAAAGGCUCAGGAGGAGGAAUAUGAAACCUUCAAUCUUAAAAUCGUGCACAGAAAAAACAGAACUGGCUUUGAGGAGGACAAGAAUUUCCAUGUUGUUUUAAAUUCUGUCAUAGCUGGUCGAUAUCAUGUUACCGAGUAUCUUGGGUCUGCUGCAUUUAGCAAAGCUAUUCAAGCACAUGACCUUCACACUGGCAUGGAUGUGUGUGUGAAAAUCAUAAAAAACAACAAAGACUUUUUUGAUCAGAGUCUUGAUGAGAUAAAGCUUCUAAAAUUCAUCAACAAGCAUGAUCCUGGUGACAAGUAUCAUCUUCUCAGACUUUAUGAUUACUUUUACUACCGAGAACAUUUGUUAAUUGUUUGUGAACUUCUCAAGGCAAACUUAUACGAAUUUCAUAAGUUCAAUAGAGAAUCCGGAGGAGAGGUUUAUUUCACAAUGCCAAGAUUGCAGUCAAUAACCAUCCAAUGCUUAGAGGCACUUCAGUUUUUGCAUGGUCUUGGGAUGAUACAUUGUGAUCUGAAGCCUGAGAACAUUUUGGUGAAGAGCUACAGUAGAUGUGAAGUGAAAGUCAUUGAUCUUGGGAGUAGCUGUUUUGAAUCAGAUCAUCUUUGCUCCUAUGUUCAGUCUAGGUCCUAUCGUGCACCAGAGGUUAUUUUGGGGCUGUCAUACGAUAAAAAGAUCGAUAUUUGGUCCCUUGGCUGCAUCUUGGCUGAACUUUGCACUGGAAAUGUUCUCUUCCAGAAUGAUUCCCCAGCUACGUUACUUGCUCGAGUGAUAGGAAUUAUUAGUCCAAUUGACCAGGACAUGCUUGCCAAAGGACGAGAUACAUACAAAUAUUUUUCCAAAAACCACAUGCUUUAUGAGCGAAACCAGGAUUCAAACAGGUUAGAGUACCUGAUUCCCAAAAAGACGUCCUUAAGGCAUCGAUUACCGAUGGGUGACCAAGGGUUCAUAGACUUCGUCUCCCAUCUGCUUGAAAUCAACCCGAAGAAACGACCUUCAGCCACAGAAGCUUUGAAGCACCCAUGGCUAUCAUACCCUUAUGAACCAAUUUCGUCUUGAAACAACCCAAGACUCACUCGGAUGAUAAUUACAAAAAUACCCUUUUGGUCGUUGGGUUUUCGGAAUGCUUAAAGAGAUGCGUGGAAGGAGUUGGAUCGAAAAACGGCUUACCAAUUCUUGCCAAAUUGUAUUUAUAUUUUUGCAUAACCACGACUGUGGUCUUGAAAGGAGCUUGUAUCUUUAGGGUUUAUCUUCUUGUACAUAUGAUCAUGUGAUGCUACUAUCUGUUUAGGGUCAUUUUGGUAAUUAGUUGGCUUAGUGAAAUAGCAUUUUAACCAAA